GCACUGAAGCUGCGAGCAGGAGACAAGCACUGUCUAGUUGCCCGCUCAAAAUGUUACCUGAAACUUGGAGACACAGAAAAUUCCCUGAAAGAUGCUGAAGCUUCUCUCCAAAACGACAAAACAUUCUCCAAGGGACUUUACCAAAAAGCAGAGACAUUAUAUACCAUGGGCGAUUUUGAAUUUGCGUUAGUGUUUUAUCAUCGAGGCUACAGACUACGUCCAGAACUACAGAAGUUCAGGCUGGGUAUCGAGAAAUCCCGGGAGGCAAUUGUCAACUGCAUUGGAAGUCCAUCCUCAGUUAAACUGGAGAACAAAGAGCAUCUGUGCUUUAUAAGCAGGCAGGCAGAGAACAAAAAAGCAAAUCAGAAACUCCAAAUCAAACUGACUAAGGAUCAAAAAUGGACAAGGAAACAGGAGCCUGUGAGGAAUCCAAAAACAGAGCGACAGCUUCUUGGAGAGCUUUAUGCUGACAAGGCCUACCUAGAAAAGUUGCUCAAGGAUGAAGAUUUGAUGGAGAGCAGCACAAAGCAGGGGAUCAAAGUAGCAGACCUGGUUUUGAGUGGGAUUUCCUACCUGGACACACGCAGUGAAUUCUGGCAGCAGCAGAAGCCUAUUUAUGCCCGUGUGAGAGAGCGCAAGCUCAGGCAGCAAAGGUGGAUCCGGGACAAGAAAAGAAAACCAGCUGAGGUUGGCAGAUACAUUGUGAAGAGCAUGGAGGACAUUGAUAUGUUGCUGACUGGCGACUCCCCUGAAGAAAGCUGCAAGAAAGCUGAGCGUGUGCUAAAAACAAUACAAGGGUGGUCAGAUGAUGAAGUUCCCAACAAGAAUGAACUGAUUGGAAACCUCCACAGCUGCAUCGGGAAUGCUCAGUUAGAGAUGGGCCAGAUGGAGGCAGCUCUGCAAAGCCAUAAAAUGGAUCUGGAAUUUGCCAGGCAGAACAACCUGCCAGAUGCCGUAUCCAGAGCCCUUGAUAACAUUGGCAGAGUUUAUGCCAGAAUCGGCAAAUUCCAGCAAGCUAUUGACACUUGGGAGGAGAAGAUUCCAAUGGCAAAAUCCAGCCUGGAGAAGACCUGGCUGUUCCAUGAAAUUGGCCGAUGUUACCUGGAGCUGAAUAAAGCUGAAGCAGCCCAAAAUUACGGAGAGAAGUCCCUGCAGUCAGCAGAUGAAGAGGGAGAUGUUGAGUGGCAACUCCACGCUACUGUACUAGUGGCACAAGCACAAGUAAAAUUAAAGGAUUACCGGUCUGCAAUCAUGAACUUUGAAAAAGCACUUGAGAAGGCAACGCUUAUUCACAAUGAAGCUGCUCAAAAGGCCAUCAUUAUUGCCUUAGAUGAUGUGAGCAAAAGCUUCAUCGAAGAGCUGAACAAAAGAAGAGAAGAAACGACAGUUUACUCUCUUAAAG